CAUGGAUGUCCGUCCUACAAAGCCUACUUUCGAUUUUGUGCGAGACAGCUUGAUGCAACACUGAAUUAUUGAUAUUAUCGUAACCUUCACAUGUUUCAGUGUUUUGUCCCUCGACCAAAUUGCACCCUUUUAAUUUUGCAUCUUAUAUUAGAGGGUCUAGAUCUACACCUUUCGGAUUGGUAUCUUUUCAUACGGAGAGCAAGAGACAAAACUGCUCCCUGAGUUUGGAAAAAGUUUGUGAACACUUGUGACUACAGUUUUGACUUUUGACCUCAGCAUGUCGUCAACUCUUGCCAAUGAGGCAAACCAGAGAGGUCUGAAAGACUUCUUGACUCUGUACAACACAAUCACAGAAUAUUGUUUCAACAAAUGUGUCUCCAAUUUCAAUGAAAGAAGCGCGUCUGGACAAGAGAGAUCCUGCAUUGAAGUGUGCACAGACAAUUAUGUCCAGUUCAACCAGAGGUUCAUGUUCAACUUCGUCGACCACCAAGAGCGGCGGAAGAGGGAGACGGAAGCUGCAGCCAUCGAGGCGGCCAAGAAGGAAGCCCUGGCGGCACAGGAAGCUCAGGCCCAGCAAGCGGCCGAAGUGCUAGAGAGCCUCAGCGCAGCCUCCUCCGACACUUCCAGCAUGGUGAAUCUUGACGCAGCGGCGCUGAGCAACCAGCAGGUCUCGCUCGCAGCCCCAGAAAACCCGUCUGUUCCCGACGUCCCGAGCCCUGCUGAGGUGUUGUCUUUCCCAGAGAACAACUCUGUAGUGGAAACAGCCCCGGUAGCGCCAUCGUCGUUACCGUCGGCGGAGAACUCUUUGAAAAAUGUGUAAUAUGUCACGUUGAUUAUAUAUUCAGACAUUAGUAUUCACAGGAAUAGGGUCACGACCGCUCCGAGAGCUGCUUCAGUUGUUUUGAAAGGUGCCGGGGGAAGGCAGAUCAAGUGCAUUAGAAGCAAGUUUUCAAAUGUCAUGUAAAAGUUUAGGACACUGCGCACAAAAUCAGCCGAAAUCGCGUCUUUUAGCACCGCAGCUCCUGCUGUCCGGAUGUGAUUAAUCACUCCGCGCUGUACCUGUUGACCUUUUUUAUUGGGGUCAUUUGACCUCUUCGCACCGUUUUAAACUGGGGUGUGUUCUUGAUAAAAUUGUCUAAAUUACUAUCUCAAUUACAGUGGUUCCGUUAGACCCACCAAGUAGUUUUAAUUUAUAAUAGACUUUAGCAGCACCAUUUCUCCUGCUCCUAAAGAAAGUCUCAGUCUUCUAUGUGUCAUACCAAGUGUUCUACUCGUGUCUGUUUGCUGCCUGUGUAACACGCUUUUCUUAUUUCAAACUGAGGAUAAAUAAUCAAUUAUUGUGACAAAACGGUGCAUUGAAUAUUUUUGGGAUUUGUAUAUAUAUUUGUGUGUUCGAUAAGAAAUCCUGUUUUAAGUGUGUAAAUUUCAGUAGGUAGGCCUACUACCGCAGUUGUGAUUGUUAAGCUACAUCAGAUUAUUAUGUUAGGCCCGCGAAUUUACUAAUGCUAUUGCCGUAUACAACGAAGACCUUAAAAUGGAGCACUCCCCCUGAAAGUCAUGUAUCCGCUUUAAACUGUCUGUGUGGAGUGUGCGGAAGACUGAACAUUACUGGGAAGCAGAGAAAAUCCAUUAAAAAGCCGUAUUUAUGUUCGGAAAUAGCCAGUGACCUGUUCCUUGUGUUUGGGUUGAGUAUCAAUGAUGACACUUGAUGUGCUUACAGUGAGGACUGUGAUGCAAAAACGUGCACAGUCUGUGAAUAGAAAAGGCUGCUCUCUCUUGGCUGUGCCACAGUAAAGCCUCGUGACCCCCAGUCUCACUCCAGCAGUCAAGAAAAUAAACACGCCAAGCUAGUCCUAACACCAACAUUUCUGAGACGGACACAACCACACAGAGUACAUGUACAUGUGUAUGUACCCGUGCUCUCAGCACAGACUCAACACAAAAAAAGGACCCACUCACAAGUACAAGCCAGACUUGCCACACCCACCCUCAGUCUGUUGUACCAGUCUGUGAAUAGCACGUAGAUGUACAACAUUCAGACACAAUGGUUCAGGACAGUCACAUCGCAGCUCAUACCGACACAAUCAGUCAGAGCACACCAGUCACAAAUUUUCCCAUACCGCAUGAUAGCAGUUGUAGUGAGCACAGCGUAGGCAUUGUCUGUGAUUCUCCAUCGUUAUCAUUCACACCCACUGAAGGCUUCUACGACUCCCCUGGCUUCUUCAACUCCAGCCCAGACACCUGAAACAGUUAGGCCUGCCCAAGACAGCACAACAUCUCCCAUGAUCAAAGACAUAGAAACCAUCAGCCGUGCGAUAAAUAAGUCAAUAAGUAAGGCAGAGAUGCAUCCACUCACAAAAAAA